AGUACUCGAUCCCAACCCGUCCCUCUCUCACGGUUAAACUAAGCGCAACAACCCUUUCGCUUUCUGGUUUGUGAGUGAUUUCUAGCCAUGGACUCUCUCUCCAAAACCCCAACUUUUCUUCAUCAAUCACCAUUACCAUUACCAUUGUUGUUGUUGUUGUUAUUUAUUCUUCUAGGGUUCAAACCCAGAUUUCAAUUUCCACUUUUAUGUAAUUCGAAUGCCAUUUUUCAAUACUCCAUCUUCAAUGCGGUUGAUGAUGAGCCAUUGUUGAUGUGUUUGACCUUUCUCAUUGAUUACGAUUUCGUCACGUUGUGGCACUUUUCAACGCUGUAAAACAAGUUUGUGGCGCUAUCAUACUUGAUGACAAACAGUAACUCUGGAUUUCAUGGGGUAAACAUAUAGAUAUAGUACUAAGGAUAUUGUGGCUUUGGGGUGAACCGUGGACCCACAGGGUGCAUGGGAAGUGUAUCACACCUUUUUGAGUUCAAUCAGGGCUGCAUGGCAAGGAAAGUUCUCACACAACAGAAACACGGUGGUGGCUUAGAGGCUCCUCAAAACAGCCUGGAGCUUCCAGUAGAAACUUUGCAGAGCUAUUGCGCUGUUGGAGACAAUAUCCCGUACUCUUAUGAAGUCAAACAUGAGUGGUGCGAGAACUCUUAUCCAACUGAGGCUUCAAUGAAGAUGUUGAUCAGUGAAGAAAUGUCCAAAGGACCAAACACCAGACAAAAUGUACCGAGUGUUGUGGCCCGUCUGAUGGGAAUGGAUAUGUUAUCAUUCGAUACAAAAUCUGUAGCUCGGCAGGAUGGAAAAAAGAAUCAAAAGCCAGGAACCAAUUUGCAUAAGAAGGAACAGAAUAAAAAAGGCUCAGGUGGCCAUGCCCAUUGUAACUCAAAUUCUUCUAGACAGAUGGAGUUUAAUUCCUUUCAACAUAACAAGGACAAUGAUCCUGAUAGUCACCAUGUUCACAUGAAGUUGAAAAAGCCAAGGUCACGAGAACAUCCUCAAGAGGAGGAACUACUGAAGUUUAAGAAAGAAUUUGUAGCAUGUCAAGCAGUAAGGAUCAGGGAAUGCUCAAAGGUUGUUGAACUUGACAGAAUUCCUAGCCAGUGGCUUGCUCAAGAAGCCCUCAACAAGGAAAAGGUUGCUCUCUAUUCAAAUUCAAGAAGAAUUACAGCAAGUGAGAAGCCUAUAGAUUUUAUGGGUCAUGCAGUAAAAGCAAGCCCAUGUGAAAGUGGGUUGCAACAUCAUGGAUUUAGGGAGGAACUUUUUCCAUCUGAGCAGAAGGGAUCAUAUUCUUCAAGGAACCGAACCCUAAUUAGAGAUUUUGAGCAGCCAUCUCUGAUUAAUUCCGACCAGAAGCUGGAUAUAUCUUCUGCUCCAACAAGGAUAGUGAUCCUGAGGCAACUGAAUGAACUCGAUGCUGAUGGCCCCAAGAAGACAGUCACCGAAGAGCAGCCCUUGGAAACUGAAAUGGCAGAGUUAGAGGAUGAAGCAGAAGCUUACAUCCGAGACUUGCUUGUUGCUUCAGGUCUGUACGAUGGUUCAUCUGACAACAUUUUAUCAAGAUGGGACCCACUAGCAAAGCCUAUAACCAACGACAUCUUUGAAGCAGUAGAAGAGUCUUACAAGAAAAUGACCAAGGAUAAUGAAGGGUCCAGAAGAGAUCACAAGUUGUUACUUGAUUUGUUAAAUGAAGCACUCUCAGUUGUACUUGGACCACCUGUGACCAUGUCUAGAUUCAGAAAGGCUAUUGGUCCUGCACUACUUCCUCCACGUGGACAGAAGUUAUUGGAUCGUGCAUGGGAGAUUGUUCGUGCACAUCUAUACCCUCCAACAGACAAAUUUCAUUACUGCAUUGAUGAUAUGGUGGCCGAAGAUCUGGGGUUCACCACUUGAUGCUGUGGGGAAAGAGAUGGAAUCCCAGAUUACCGGAUAUCUGAUUGAAGAAAUAGUGAAGGAUAUGCAUGCAGAGUCAUAACGGUGCAUAGAAAAGCCUCUUCUUCUGUGUUGUGGCCAUUCUGAUGGUCAAAGGGACCGUGGUAGAGGGUGCAGAAAGUGCUGAAAAUUUCAGCUCGCGAUGUGGGAUCUCUUUCCUAAUAAUUCCAUAU